ACUUUUUAAUUAAAACAUUUGAUUUAUUAUUUUAUAUUAAUUAAUUUUUUGCUUUUAAAGUUAGAAUUGCAAGCAAGACACAAAAAAUAUCAACGAAUUGAAUUGAAUAUGAAAUUCUUUGAAAGAAUCAGACGCAAACUGCAGUCUUAGAUUAAUUUAAGUUAGAGAAAUUAAUCUAAUGGUUCAAGUCACUCUAAGGCAAACCAUAUGAAGAAGAUAAAUAAAAAAAAUAGAGUAGAUAGUUAAGAAUUAAAGAAGCUGUUUCUGUUAAAAGUUAGAGAAAGGAGCUGCUAAAUUUAAGGAAAGGAAAUAGAAGAAUACGAAACAAAAGUGUAAUUAUUAAAUUAAACUCCUGAUAUUAAGCCACCUAAUUAGGAUUAAGAUCUUAAAUGCAAAAUUUGUAAUUAUUACUUUAUAUAUCCAAUUGUGCUAAGAUGCAGUCAUGCAUUUUGCGAAAGGUGCUUAGACGAAUAUUCUACUAGGCAAUAGUUUUGUAUAGAAUGUGAAGAACCAUUGAGCCACUCUAAAUACAUUAAAUCUGAAAGUUUACAAUCAAUUGUAGAAAGACAUUUACUAGCUCUUGGAACGAAAUAACAUUCAACAUAUUAAAAUACCAAAAAAAUGAGAGAUGAACUAAGAAAUAAAAGAUACAUAAAAGAAUUUUCAGUCAACCAAAAUAUAGAUAUCAGAGACAAAUACUUUGAUUGGUAUGAAGGAAUAAUUAUGAACAUUAUUUCUAGCGACGAUAAAAAAUAUUUGGUUAUUUAACAUAAAAAUUCUUAAAGUAAAGUGGAAAUUAUAAAUAGCUUGAGUCCUAAUAUUGCUCCUCAUGGCUUUUUUACUAAAAGAAAAGAUCUUAAAACAAGAGAUGAGAAAAAGUUAGAUAUUGUUAAAAGUUUAGUCAAUUAAUAUGAAGAAAUUAGAAGCCAAAGAAGAUAAUCAUAAUAAGAAUAGUAACAGUAGUAGUAAUAGUAGUAACAGCAAGAAUCAUAGAAUGAUUAAAUAGAAAAUCAAGAAAAUUUUCAUGACAUUAUCUUGAGACAUUUGACAUCUGUUUAGAGUUUACCCUAUAUGAUUUCUUUAAUGAACGGAGCUAUGAGAAGAUCUGAAUCUUAGUAAAGAAUAAUGAAUACAAUAUAAAUAACAGUUAAUAAUAAUGGUUAGUAAUAAGAUGGGCAUUCUGAAGAACCAUAAGUACAGAUAUAGUUGUAGUAGUAGUAACUUGAUAUUUAACAACAAGGAAACUCAAACUAACCUCCCUAGAUUAUAAAUAUUCCUUAAGCACAAAACCAAUAAUAAAAUAAUCCACAAGAAGAAAAUAUUGAAAAUUCAUCGAAUAAUAAUUAAAAUGGAAACAAUGAAGAAUAGACUGAAAUAGUAAUAGAAGAAUAUGAAGCUGAAAAUGAAGAUGAUGAUGAAGAAUAUCUUGAUGAAGAUUAGGAUAUACUCUCUAAUUCUUAAUAUUCUUAUCAAAAUUUAGAUGCUAUACAAUAUGUUUAAGAAUGGCAAUGA